AAAAAUUACUCAAAAGACGUGCAACUAAAGACCUUAGCAUGCAACAGUCCAAAACAGACAACACGCGUACUACGUCAAUGCUUUCAAUGGGCUCUGAGGAGAACCCUUAUGUACAUACUCAAAAUAACAUGUCACAAAAUCGCCCCACAUCCCCAUUACCAGCAUAUAAAACAAAAUCAGAGGCCACCGAGUCUGGUGAAGAGAUGCUCGAUAAUGGGGUUUUACCUGAUUAUAACGAUGUAGAAUUAGCUAUGUAUGGCGAUGGCGGUUCAGAAGGUGAUGAAUAUGAUUCUGAAGCGCAGUUCAAAUCACAAGUGAAGUUUUACGCAUAUAACGAGUACCAAUUCAACUCGCAGCGUAGAAAGUGGGUCGACACAUUCGUAAUGUGGAGCGGAAUCGGUGGGUUUGCAUUGAUCGUAGUGAGUCUAUUAUAUCGAGAUUGGUAUGUAUACACUAAGGAAAGCAUGGCACAACCUGAGUCUGUGGGACUCCUGAGCAUGGCUCUAAAUAGGUGGAAUGAAGUUGCCGACCCAACCUUGCUUUUGUCGCUUUUAUUCUCCUGGUGCGCAGGUGUAUCGGCUAGUAUAGUUAUUGUGCUUAACAACAUACGUAUGUCGGGCGUUGAAAGCGAGGGAUCUGGGAAUCUUAUGGCCAUGCACCUUGUUUCCGCGGCAAUGGCGGGGAUUACGGAGUGCUUAUUAAUUAUGAGCUUUACGCUAUACAUGACUUACGACGACCUGCCAGCUUUCUAUGGGAGGGAAGAGAGUAGCAUCUACCUGCUGAUUGGGUCUAUCGUUUGUAACACCGUCUUGGUGCUAUCUUUGACUCUGUCUUUAUUCUCUGUCUCGUGCACAUUACACCUUCCAACGGACUCUCAACGCUUCGAAUUAAUCCGAAACUCAGUCUGAUCUGCGUUUAAGAGAAGAACUGUUUGCACCUUUUUAACAGCAAAAUCCAAGUCUGUGGGACUCCUGAGCAUGGCUCUAAGUAGGUGGAAUGAAGUCGCCGACUCAACCUCCAAAUAUGAAUUAGAUAUAAGAAAGUGUGCUUAUACCAUGCCAGCAUGGUAUGAUAGACGCACUUCUCUUUGAGAUACGUACACGUUCACCCCGCGUCUUCUCCCUUUAGCCUGCAACAGGUACCCAUAAAUUAGUGCACCAGGCUGCUAACAAUGCAACCAGUGCAACGGGAUCGGGAUGACGAUCCAUUGUGGAGUGUCCACAAACUUGUGGCUCGCGGGGUUUAUAGAUCAGAACUACUUCUGUGCAUCGGAUGCCAACCACUUUGAAUGCCCCGAAGAACUCCCACCCCCCCCAUUCGUAACAGGGGGACUGAAUUAAGUAAUAGCCUUAGGCUUACCAAUAAACUUCUCCUAAU